GCCUCCGAGGGCAGAUCCCCAGCCCCGGCCCCGCCCGGGCCCGCUGGGGUGGAGGCUCCGGCUCGGCUCCGGCUCUCCGCCCUGCUUCCCUGCGCCCGCGAACCCCCGCGCGCGCGUCGGCGCCGGCUGCCAGGGAUGAUGGCGACCCCGGUGAGCCCAUUCUACACUGGGGAUGACCUGGACUCAAGCCAGUUACAGAUGGAGCCCGAUGUGGUGGACACUCUGAAGGAUGACGAGGACCCAGCUGACCGAAUGCACCCCUUUCUGGCCAUCUACGACCUCCAGCCUCUGAAAACGCACCCCUUGGUGUUUGCCGCUGGAGUCCCUGUCACCGCCCAGGUGGUGGGCACCGAAAGAUACACCAGUGGAUCCAAGGUGGGAACCUGCACUCUGUACUCUGUCCGCUUGACGCAUGGAGGCUUCACCUGGACAACCAAAAAGAAGUUUCGCCAUUUCCAGGAGUUGCACCGGGACCUCCUGCGACACAAAGUCUUAAUGAGUCUGCUCCCUCUGGCUCGCUUUGCCGUUGCCUAUUCUCCAGCCCGGGAGGCAGGCGACAGGGAGAUUCCCUCUCUACCCCGAGUGGGUCCCGAGGGCUCCACCAGACAUGCAGCCAGCAAACAGAAAUACCUGGAGAAUUAUCUCAACUGCCUCCUGGCCAUGUCUUUUUACCGCAACUACCAUGCCAUGACGGAGUUCCUGGAAGUCAGUCAGCUCUCCUUCAUUCCAGAUCUUGGCUGCAAAGGCCUGGAGGGGGUGAUCCGGAAGCGCUCAGGGGGCCACCGGGUGCCUGGCCUCACCUGCUGUGGCCGAGACCAAGCUUGUUACCGCUGGUCCAAGAGGUGGCUGGUGGUGAAGGACUCCUUCCUGCUGUACAUGUGCCUCGAGACUGGCGCCAUCUCGUUUGUUCAGCUCUUUGACCCUGGCUUCGAGGUGCAGGUGGGGAAGAGGAGCACGGAGGCACGGUAUGGGGUCCGGAUCGAUACCUCCCACAGGUCCUUGAUUCUCAAGUGCAACAGCUACCGGCAGGCACGGUGGUGGGGCCAGGAGAUCACGGAGCUGGCUCAGGGUCCAGGUAGAGACUUCCUACAGCUGCACCGGCACGACAGCUAUGCACCACCCCGGCCUGGGACCCUGGCCCGGUGGUUUGUGAAUGGGGCAGGUUACUUUGCGGCUGUGGCAGAUGCCAUCCUGCGAGCUCAAGAGGAGAUUUUCAUCACAGACUGGUGGUUGAGUCCUGAGAUUUACCUGAAACGUCCUGCCCACUCAGAUGACUGGAGACUGGACAUUAUGCUCAAGAGGAAGGCGGAGGAGGGUGUCCGUGUGUCCAUCCUGCUGUUUAAAGAAGUGGAGUUGGCCUUGGGCAUCAACAGUGGCUAUAGCAAGAGGGCUCUGAUGCUGCUGCACCCCAAUGUAAAGGUGAUGCGCCACCCAGACCAGGUGACGCUGUGGGCCCAUCAUGAGAAGCUCCUGGUGGUGGACCAAGUGGUGGCCUUCUUGGGGGGACUAGACCUCGCCUAUGGCCGCUGGGAUGACCUGCACUACCGGCUGACUGACACUGGGGACUCCUCUGAAUCAGCCACCCCACAGCCUCCGACCCUGUGCCCAGGCUCUCCCACCACCCCAGACCUCUCUCACAACCAAUUCUUCUGGCUGGGCAAGGACUACAGCAAUCUUAUCACCAAGGACUGGGUGCAACUGGACCGGCCUUUUGAGGAUUUCAUUGACAGGGAGACCACACCUCGGAUGCCAUGGCGGGACGUUGGGGUGGUCGUGCAUGGCCCACCCGCCCGGGACCUUGCCCGGCACUUCAUCCAGCGCUGGAACUUCACCAAGACCACCAAGGCCAAGUACAAGAUACCCACGUACCCCUACCUGCUGCCCAAGUCUGCCAACACUGCCCACCAGCUCCCCUUUACACUGCCUGGGGGGCAGUGCGUCACUGUGCAGGUCUUGCGCUCAGUGGACCGCUGGUCAGCGGGGACGUUGGAGAACUCCAUCCUCAAUGCCUACCUGCACACCAUCAGGGAGAGCCAGCACUUUCUCUACAUUGAGAAUCAGUUCUUCAUUAGCUGCUCAGAUGGGCGGACGGUUCUGAACAAGGUGGGCGACGAGAUUGUGGACAGAAUCCUGAAGGCCCAUGAACAGGGGCAGUGCUUCCGCAUUUACGUGCUUUUGCCCCUGCUCCCCGGCUUUGAGGGGGACAUCUCUGCAGGUGGUGGGAAUUCCAUCCAGGCCAUUCUGCACUUCACUUACAGGACCCUGUGUCGUGGGGAGUAUUCAAUCCUACAUCGCCUCAAAGCAGCCAUGGGGACAGCGUGGCGAGACUAUAUCUCCAUCUGCGGGCUCCGCACACAUGGGGAGCUGGGCGGGCACCCAGUCUCCGAGCUCAUCUAUAUUCACAGCAAGAUGCUCAUUGCAGACGACCGGACGGUCAUCAUCGGCUCUGCAAACAUCAAUGACCGGAGCUUGCUGGGGAAGCGGGACAGUGAGCUGGCUGUGCUGAUCGAGGACACAGAGAUGGAGCCGUCCCUCAUGGAUGGGGCAGAGUAUCAGGCGGGCCGGUUUGCCUUGAGUUUGCGGAAACACUGCUUCAGCGUGAUCCUCGGGACAGACACCCGACCAGAUCUCGAUCUCCGGGACCCUGUCUGUGAUGACUUCUUCCAGCUGUGGCAAGAGACGGCUGAGAACAACGCCAAUAUCUACGAGCAGAUCUUCCGCUGCCUGCCGUGCAAUGCCACGCGCUCCAUGCGGGCGCUCCGGGAGUACGUGGCUGUGGAGCCCUUGGCUGUGGUCAGCCCUCCCUUGGCACGGUCUGAGCUCACCCAGGUCCAAGGCCACCUGGUGCACUUCCCGCUCAAGUUUCUGGAGGAUGAGUCUUUGCUGCCCCCACUGGGCAGCAAGGAGGGUGUGAUGCCCCUGGAAGUGUGGACAUAGCCAAGGCUCCAGACGGGGGAGGCCACCAGCCACUAGACCCCACCCCGUCUGGCUCCCUGCCCCUCAAUCCUGACGACUGCGGGCAGUGCCCUUGGAGGCCUGGGGAGGCAGGCAUCGCCGAGGGGACUGGAGAAGUCACAGAGGACCCUUCCUUGGGGAUGCGGCCAUAGAGGGCACGCCCACCCCCAGGCUGGGGAGGCCGGAGAGGGUCCCAGAGCAGAGCAUCCUCCCCAUUGCCCAGUUCAACCACUGCUACAGAGGAGCAGGAAGCCAGGGUGCAGCCUCUCAUGCUGGGCCAUCUCCAUCUCUCCCCUCCUCCUGCCCGUGAACCCCCUCCCUCCCUGCUCGAGGGCUUCUCCCAGCCCAUUACUGUCGAGGUGGGGGGGAGGAUGAAGCCACUGCAGGACUUCAGCCCCGACCUGAAGCCACACUAACGCCCUCCACCAGCCUACUGACAGACACUAACUUUGUAUCAGUCCAAUAAGCGUUUCAUAAAUAAAAGCAAAGAAAAGUUC